GCUAGUGAGAGCGUGUGCUUGCUCCUGUGCUUGUGUGUGUGUGCGUGUGCGUGUGCAGAAGCUCCCUCGGCCAGGCAGGCAGCUCCGUGGCUCUGUGUGUGUGUGUGAGAGAGAGAGUGUGUGUGAGAGAGUGUGUGUGUGCAGCUCGGCCUCCCUCCCUCCGCACUGAAUGGACUAGAUUCCCAGCCACGUAAGAAGCACAAGCGGCACCACGGGGAGAGAGGAUGUCCUGCUGAAUCCAGGGAUAGGCCUGGGGAAAGUCGGCCGGCCGUCCCUUCCUUCCUUCUUCCAGCACCUUACAACAAGCAGCCGCGACCGACAGGACGACUCGUUUCUCUUCCACUGGACUUUGACUAAGAGAGAAAAGGAGAGAGGACGUCGACUCCCGCACUCCCAGAGCUGCAGCAGUGUGUGUGUGUGUGUGUGUGUGUGUGUGUUUCUUCCCUCUCUCUCUCUCUCUCUCCACCGGAUGGGGUUUUCUCCCCGUGCGGGUUCAUGACAAGCGCCGUGCACGGAUACGAUCCCGGGGAACAAGGCCGUGCACUGACCUGGCACUAGUUAGCCGAGGAAGCUAACCGGUUAGCUCUGCACCUGCUAGCCCCUCGUCAAACCCUUUCGGUCGCAGUCGGGUCGCGUCGAGCGAAAAACUUGUUUCGUGCCUUUUCGUCUCUAACCCCCCAUGUGCCCGCGAGCUGCGUCCAACCGUCGCUCUCCGCCGCGCGGACCCCUCCGCGGCCAGUGACCGGCAAGAUAAGCUAGCGAAAGACGGGCUGCGGGCUGCCUCGGGACCCCCCCCCCCGUUCAUCGUGGAGGAAGACUUUUGUUUGAGCCUUUGUUGCGGUUUCAUCUCCGGCUGACUCAACGGCAGCAGGUCUGUGCACAGCGAGUCGACCCGGGGCAGUGGCUCAGCGGUUUGUUGCCCCCCGGCCUCGCCUCUUGCAACAAAGUGGGGCAAGUGUAAAAAAAAAAAAAAAGAAUUAAUAAAAUCAUUACAAGAACCCCCUUGUGUUGUAUGAGAACCAACGAGCCAGCGCUGCCUGUUGACACUCUGUCGCUUCCGGCUGCAGCUAAUUGAGCUUUUCACCUGUUUAUAUAAUUCAUUUUUUUGGGUGCUUCUGCAAAAUAAUUGCCAAGGUAUCUGACCGGACCGUGAGAUCGCACGGCAAAGCGGUGCCCUGACCGAGGAACAAGGAGUCGGAGGAAGGGCCCCCCCCCCCCCCCCCCCCCCCCCGAUAUUGUGGAGGUAACGCACUUCUUCCUCAUGAACAUACAGAGGUCAAAUCCAAUUAACAUUUCACGUUAUGGGAGAUCGCGGCACAAAUCGCACGACUUCGACGACCUGUCCUGCCCGAGGAGCGCCGAGUCGCACCAGAGCUUCAGCCCCAACCUCGGCUCGCCGAGCCCGCCGGAGACCCCGGACUCGUCGCACUGCAUCUCCCGCGUCGGGGACUACCUGCUGCUGGAGCCGCUGGAGGGCGACCGCGUGCUCCGCGCCGCCCACCUGCACAGCGGGGAGGAGCUCGUCUGUAAGGUUUUUGAAAUUGGCCAGUACCAGGAGUCACUGGCAGCCUACUUCGCCCUGGGCCAGCACCAGCACAUCAACCAAAUCCUGGAGAUCUUGCUCGGGGAGACACGCGCUUACGUGUUCUUCGAGAGGAGCUAUGGCGACAUGCACUCUUUUGUCCGCACCUGCAAGAAGUUGCGGGAGGAUGAGGCUGCCAGACUCUUCUAUCAGAUAGCCUCGGCCGUGGCACAUUGCCACGACAACGGACUGGUUCUCCGCGACCUCAAGCUGAGGAAGUUUGUCUUCAAGAAUGGGGACAGAAGUCUCGUGAAGCUGGAGAGCCUCGAGGACACGUAUAUCCUGGAUGGUCAUGAUGACUCCCUGUCAGACAAACAUGGGUGCCCAGCCUACGUAAGUCCUGAGAUCCUCAAUGCCAACGGCAGCUAUUCGGGGAAGGCGGCCGACGUCUGGAGUCUGGGCGUCAUGCUUUACACCAUCCUCGUGGGGCGCUACCCUUUCCAUGACGUUGAGCCGGGCUCCCUGUUCAGCAAAAUCCGCAGGGGUCACUUCAACAUCCCUGAAACGCUCACGCCCAAGGCCAAGUGCCUGAUCCGCUCCAUCCUGCGCCGGGAGCCCGCGGAGCGCCUCACCUCUCGGGAGAUACUGGAGCACCCCUGGUUCACCUCCUCCUGGGCGCUGGGGGGCCCCGUGGUGCACGGCAGGGGAGAACGAGAGCAGGAGCAGAUGGUGCCUGAGGUGAACAUGGAAGAGGAGCUGGAGCAGUUUUUCAGCUGAGCAAACACCAAGCACAAACGGACGACUGCGCCACGGUCGGCUCUCGCCACGCUCGCAGCAGAGCCCAAACCAGUAGUUUUAGAGAUUAUUAGGUGAACAUUUGUCACUCAUAAUAAAGGUGUUUCCAUCCUGUUCCCUUUUCCACCAUUUCAUGGAAAACCUUGAGCCUGGCAUGACAAAUGACAUCUAAACGUCACCUGGCGACGCAGCUCCCGCUCGGGGAUGGCGCCGCCGAACAUGCAAGUUGCAAACAAUGUAGCAAAUGCUCUCUUUGAAUCUGUUUUGUUUCACCUGGUGCUCAUAAAAGUAGACGCAUUCACCAUUUUCUAGACACUAUGGAAAGCAUGAAGGGACAUAAGAACACAGAAAAACCAAGGAGAACAGUUCAAAAUGAACCCCCACAACACACCUUUUCUGACAGAUUUUUCUUUUGUUUUUCGUCAUAGCUUUUGGUGGACCAGUUCUAACCACAGAUCCAGGGUCAAAAAAAAAAUCACAAUUAAACAAGGUGAUUAUUGCUGACCCGGGAUCAUUGGUUGGAAUAUGGAGCGGCUUUGGCUUUUCCUCCUCGUCAUUCUCAUCAUCAUCCUCACGUUUGGCCUGAACUUUGUUUCAUGGUUCAGUUUUUUACCUCAGUUUAACAUUACAGUCACUAAACUCCUUGACGGCCUUGUUUUCAUUGAUUUGUAAUAUUUCUGCCUCCUGGGCCUCUCGAGCCUUCACCACACCAUCACCACACUUCUCAUUUUUCAAGAAACAUUACUUUUGUUAACUAUCCUCUGUUUGGUUUUGAAGCUGUUCCGGUCUGUCGUAACUGCUGCUCAAUAAUCACUCCCUAAAACCUCAAUCUUCAAACCGUUUUUCCUGGUAAGCCUCCAAACAUUUGCAUCGUGCACUUGUGUCAGGUGAAUGAACGAUUCCACCUCUUAAAGUUAGCUUCUUCUUAUUUAAAGUCAUUCUUCAGUUGUAGGAUCAAGGACGUAUCAUUUAUUUAAAUUGUAACAGUUAUAUAUAUAUAUAUAUAUAUAUAUAUAUAAAAAUAAAUAUAUACAAAUAAAUAGAAAUAUAUAUAUUUAAAACUACAUUGCAGGGUUUUUCUUUAUUCAGAGAUUCCUUUUUUUUCCAUGUAUGAUGUAGGCAAUACCUUGACACAGGACAGGCACAAGAGGAAAUGUCUGUCUGAAGUUUUAGAGUACACACAAUAUCUUAUGUGCCAGUAUUCCUGUGGCCCGGCAGCCCGUGCCACCCGGUCUCCCCCUUUUUCUUUUAAAAAAAACAAAAAAAAAAACUUGGAUACAAGACAUUCAGUGACAGUAUUGCUAUGACAUGCUCACUCCAGGACCUCAUGUUAGUUUUUUACCGCCUGCGUAGGUUCUGUGAAGCGAUCAUGCUCGGAAUGGGUUCCAGUGGACAUGUUUUGUGGUAUCUCAAUGUUACUUGAAUUUGUGUUUUUUAUCUAGUCAUUGGCAUGUACCCUAUGAAUGCUAUAGCCUGCCAGGGGGAGAAGGGGGAGGGAGUGUGCUUGUUUUUUUGUUUGUUUUGUUUUUUGUUUUUUUUCCCCAAGAAAAGUUAAAAAUAUGAAACUCCUCAAUUUGCUACUUUUCUUUUCUGAGUUGCUUUUCAAUAAAAAAAAUUAAAUAAAAAAAGACAACUAUUGCUUUUAAUGUUUUGUAGACUGAGCUACCUUUUUAUUUAAGUUGGUUCUGAUUUGGUGCUAAAGUUUAGUCCUUUUUGUUUCACGGAGGGGAUGUGGUGCAUGGUGGGAUGUCUGCCUCAGAUGUUCUGAUUGUAUCGUAAACAGAUUCUGGUGUUUUGUCCAAAAUUUAUUCAGUAAAUAAAUUGUGAACUGCUA